AUGGCAUUCGCCUUUGAUGCCAGUUGCUUGCGACGCCCCGGGGAGUUGGGCCAGUCGCCCCUGAUGACCCGCGAAGCUGCGCCAAUGCGGGACCUGAUGCAUUACCUGUCCCCGGAGCUGCAGCUGACUGAGGAGGAACAGAAGCUGCUGACCCAGGAAGGAGUUGCUCUGCCCAACAACCUCCCUCUCACCAAGGCCGAGGAGAGGAUCCUGAAGAGAGUUCGGAGGAAAAUCCGCAACAAGCAGUCUGCUCAGGACAGCAGGCGCCGGAGGAAAGAGUACAUCGACGGGCUGGAGGGCAGGGCAGCAGCUUGCAGCUUACAGAACAAGGAGCUCCAGAGGACCGUGGAGCAGCUGGAGAAACGCAACAUGUCUCUGCUGAGUCAGCUGCGACAGCUUCAGUCUCUCAUCAAACAGACGGUCAGUAAAGGAGCCCAGACCAGCACCUGCUUACUGAUCAUCCUGGUGUCUCUGGGUCUGAUCAUCCUGCCCAGUUUCAGUCCAUUCAGCCGCAGCACGUCUGCAGACGACGACUACAGACCCACAGGAGUUAUUUCCAGAAACAUCCUGACGGACCCUCCUCCUCCUCCUCCUCCUCCUCCUCCGACAGCGGACCGGGCCGACGCUCCGGUUGUGCCGCCCGCUGACCUCGGCCAAUCGGGACCUCCGGAUGGCACCGCAGGCUUCGAUAGGACGGCUCAGGACGAGGGGAGCCAAUCGGGGAACGGCUCGGCUCUCGUCGCCGGGGAGACGGAGACGGAGCCGCUGGCGCUCGGUCUGACAGCGGCAGCGGGGAAAGGAAGCCGAAAUCCCGCCAAACCUGCACAUGCCGACGAGAUGUAGACCGACGCUUUCAACCACGAUGACUGGACUUCAUGUUCAACGUCUCGCUCAAAGGCUAAAUUUACACUGCUACGUUUUGGUUAAAAAAACACUACGUUUCCCCUCUCAUUCCCCCUGCUCUGGUGU